CAGCUGUGGUAUUUUGUAUACUCUGGCUGAGGGUCACACUGAAGUAGCAACAACAAACAACAACAAAGUCACUACCGCAGCUAGAUAGAAACAGGCCAGCAAUCAAAAUAAUAACAACCAAAAUAAAUACUAUAUAAUAAAAUUGUGUGCGAAGUGUCCCCUGCAGAAGAUUACACAAAAGUCGAAAAGCCAGCACAGCUAGGCAGCCAGUCUGGUAGAAAAUAGUUCGUUUUUUUUUGUUUUUUUCGCCAGGACUCGUUCUUUUUUUUUUUUGGUUGCAUUUUGUGUUGCUGCGACGCAUAAAAUCCAGAAAGAAAUGUACGGAGAUUGAUUGUAUUAUUUAACAAGACUAAUAAAUAAAUAAAUAAUAUUAGAAAAACAUCAGUGGCGACUUAAUGUCGCAGUUAAUUUGUAUGCUAUCGAGAAGAAGAAGCAGAAACAACAACAAUAACAGCAACAACAACAAAACUAGCAAUAGCAACGUCUUGUGUUUGUAUUGGUGUGCUCACAGUGCGCACAGAAAAAGCCAGCAAGAGGGCGGCAGCGGCAGUGGCAGUGGCAGAAGCAGAGACAGCGACAGAGAAGCGAUUUUGAAAUAAUAAUAAAAGCCCAAAACGAAAAAGUUUUCUGUGAGCUGGAAAAGGCGAACAAGUAAAGCACAUCAUCCCGCAACAGCUCACUUUUCUUCAAACAAUUUUUUAACGGCGGGCGUGGCAAAGGCGAAAGGGUAGGCCAGAAAUAAAUAAAAAAAUAAAAUAACAAAAUUACAAAUAUAAAAAAUAAAAAAAUAAAAACAAAAAAACAGAGAGAAACGAAACAUUGAAAAACGCAGUUUGAGUUUCGAGAUUGUUGCUGCUGCUGCCGCCUCCAAAACUAACGAAAAAGGAACAUAAGAAUCACAAGAGACAACAGACAACCACCCCCGCUCCCCACUCCAACUACACAGAGAGAGAGAUCAACAACAACAAAGCAAAAGCAAAGAGAGAGAGAGAGAGCCAGCAGCUGAAAACAUAUGAUUUUUGUUUGUGUUGUUGUUAUUGCGCGCGCUCUUCUUUAGAGCAAGCGGACCAACUGAGAACGGGAACGGGCGAAUCGAACGAGUGGCCGGAACGAUUGGAAUUGUUGUGUUGUUGUGUUUCAGCUGCUCUGCUGACGGAACAACGCAAGUGUUGACAACAAGGCGCGAAGCGGAAGAGAGACAGAAGCAGAAGCAAACGAGAGAGUAAAUAAGCAGAGCAGCAAGCAGAGAGAGAGAGAAAGGGACAGAGUAUAGCGAGCGAAGCAGAUCAGACACUGUGUCUCCGAGGAGGCAGCGAGAACACACUGGAAUAGGAAGCCACUGCCACUGCCAAUCCACUGCCCUCCAGUGUGGAGGCACUGCAUCACCGCCAGCAGCUGUGGUAGCAGCUAGAGCGGAGCAGCUCUCCGGCGGCGAGCAUCCGGCCAAUACCUUCCGGACAGCAUCCCCAGCACCGCCCAUCACAUCAUGUCCGCGGACUCGCCCCGUCGCCAUCCCUCCGGCGUUGUUGUCGGCCUUGGAUCGGGAUCUGGCUCAGGGUCCGGGAUCGGAUCCGGUUCCGGUUCCGGUGGUAUGCGUGGCGCUGUGCCCGCCGUUGUCCCGCCACAAACCGUAUCGGAUCGCUCGAUCCUCGACUCGGCCAUCGGAUUCAUCAACGAUGUCACUUUGGCCAAUCAGCCGGUGCAGGAUCCCAAGGACACCAUUACCUGGGCUCGCUUCGAGACCUGUGCCGAUGUGAGUGAUCCCCGGUUCGGCGACGACUGGGAGCUGGAGGGGAAUGCGGCACCGCCGCUCCUCCUCAUCCUCGGCUACGGUUUGGGCGUCCAGGUGUGGGCCAUACCCGCCAACGGCGAGGCCGUCGAGGUGCUAUCCUGGCGGCACGGCGUCGUCACUGCCCUCCGGGUGCUGCCCACGCCGGCAACUGCCCCCGCCUUGGAUGACAACGGUCGGGCGGAUGAGCCGGUCGAUGGCUUCGCCGAGAAGCGUCCCCUGGUGGCCCUCGUCGACGGCGGCAGUGCAGCGGCCAGUGGUCUUCUAUCCGGCGGCCCAUCCGGCCUGGGUGGCGGGCUGGCCAGCAGUGGCGGCUCGGCCGGACCUGCAUCUUCGGCAGCCGCACAGUUCAGUGCCGUGAACUUCGUCUCCCUGAAGACGGGCGCCCAGGUGAAGACGAUCAAGUUCAAGAACGCCGUGCUGGACAUCCAGGCGAACCGGUCGGCGGUGGUCAUCACCUUCCACGAGCGGAUAGCGGUGUUCGAUGCCAGGACACUGGAGGACCGCCUUACCAUAACCACCUGCUAUCCCAGCCCGGGGAUCAAUCCCAAUCCCAUUGCCUUGGGACCGCGCUGGCUGGCGUAUGCGGAGCACAAGCUGCUGCACUCCAAGCGCAGCGGCGGCGGCUGUGACGGCGAGGGCGUCCCCAGUUACACGGCCACCGUCCUCAACGCGGCCAAGUCCCUGGGCAAGGGGCUGCGGGAGUUUGGCGAGCAGGUGGCCGCCGGACUCACCGGCACCACGGCCGGCAGCGGCGCCAGCUCCAAGAGCAGUAGCUUCGACUCGGCCAGCGGCGGCCCGGAUGCCAAGCAGUCGGGCGUGGUGACCAUCAUCGAUGUGAAGCAUCCCGUCAAGGACUACAGCCCCACGUCGGGCACACCGCUGAGCUCCAGUGGCGGCGCCCAGGCGGGCGGUGAUCCCAUCGUGGCUCACUUUGUGGCCCACAGCGAGGCACUGGUGGCCAUGGAGUUCGAUAGCUCCGGCAUGCUGCUGCUAACGGCCGACCGGCGGGGUCAUGACUUCCAUGUGUUCCGGGUGCAGCCGCAUCCGGUGGGCAGCAGCCUGGCCGCCGUGCACCAUCUCUACGUGCUGCAUCGGGGCGAUACCAGUGCCAAGGUGCAACAUAUAGCCUUCUCGCUGGACUCGCGCUGGGCGGCCGUAUCGACGCUGCGCGGCACCACCCACGUCUUCCCCAUCACGCCCUACGGCGGCGCCAUGGGCGUCCGCACCCACACCUCACUGCACGUGGUCAACAAGCUGUCGCGCUUCCACCGGAGCGCCGGUCUGGGCGCCGACGGUCGCUCCAGCUCCCCGAUCUCGCACUCGGAGAGCACCACCUUUGUCCAGUCGCUGCAGCCAUACCACAAUCCCACGCUGCCCCCCUAUCCCCGGCCGUCGGUGGUCCAGCCCCUGGCCCAGCUACGGCAGCCCUUCACGCUUGGAUCCCCACCCGGUUCGGCGGGUCUGGGCGUGGGCAUGGGCGGUGGUGUGGGCGUUGGCGGCGGCAUGGGCUCGGGUGUCAGUUCGGGUGUCCAUGGAGUGGUCGGAGGAGGCGGCAGCAACAGCCAGCGGCAGCGACAGCGCCUCUCCUCGCUCUCGGACGACAGCGGGAAGCCGUUGAGCGUCUGCUCCAUAUUCGCCAAGUCGCGAUCCUGGCUACUGGAACCGCCCGCGGCGACCCGAGAGGCACCGCAUCGCGUCCAGCGCAAGGCGGUCGACUCGCUCUUCGUGAUGGCCGGCCAUGGGGCGCUCAUCCAGUACGAUCUGGACACGAAGCUACCCUCAAAUGUUGCCAAAGAGAAGAUUUGUGAUGACACGCCCAUCGAACUGGAGGUGGAGGCCCGAGCCCAGUGGAAUCUGGGCAGGCGCAAGGAUGGAUCUCAAGAAAUCAAACCACCGCUGGCGCUGGACAAUUGGCUGAUCAAGGAUCGCCAUGCCAGCCUCCUGCUGGACAGCGCCCAUCACUUCGAUGAGCCGGACGAGCGGGCCGAGAGUUGGCUCGCCCAGGUGGAGAUUAUCACGCAUGCGGGUCCCCAUCGCCGGCUCUGGAUGGGUCCGCAGUUUGUUUUCAAAAACUACAACACGCCCAGCGGUUCCAAUCUGAACCAUGUGGACGCGGAGGCUGUAGAGAUUGGCGUCACCAAGACGUCUAGCACAACGCUGCCUUCCACAGCAGCUGGCUCCUCCUCCUUGGCCGCUGGCUCCGGCGCUGUCAAGGAUCGUUCCAGUCCGCUGAACAUGCCGCUGAGUGCCGUCGCCGCCGCCGCUGCCGCUGCCGCCUCCUCGGUGGGAGCAGCCAGUGUGGGUGGCGGUUCAGCCGUGCCAAGUCGCACUGGCACCGGAGUACCGGUCCUCAUUGAAUCCGGAUCUUACAGCAGCAUCGAGCAGAGUCCCAAGCUGAUGGAUCGCUUCCGGCACGGCCAUUUGGACUCGGAUUACGGGCAUGGUGACACCCGUCUCAAGGAGGACCUGGCGGAUGCUAUGCGGGAAUCGCCCUCCACAGCGGCGGCGCGACGCGAGACUUCCGCCGCCUCCGGAGCUCCGGGAGCAUCAGACUACGUAGCUACCUACCAUCGCUCCGCCACUGGCCCGGCCGGCCGAUCCUCUCCAGCCGCCAGCGAUCCAGCCGCCAUGGCGACCGUGACCAGCUGUGAUAACGCCUGCUACUACGAUGCCCUGGCCGAGCACGAGACCAGCCCCAACGAUCAGGACGAGGCCGAGGAGCAGGAGGAUCCGGAGGGUGGCGCCUCCGCCAUUGCCGCUCUGGCGUCGGUCCUGCCGAACAUCUGUAGCUAUACUCGGGUGGAGAAGAUGGUGAAUCCCCUGGGCACGGUGACGGACCUGAAUGCCGGCAUCUCCGGGGAGCUCCAGACGGACAUGCUCGACGAGGUGGUCGGCCAGCUGGCCGCCGAGGAGACGGUGAUCCAUGAGAACUGUGACGAGGCCCUCUUCCGGCCGGUGGUGGCCAUUUUCUGCAACGAUCCGGUGGAGCGACGGAAGCUCCUCCAAAAGGACCAGAGGGACAUUGCUGGGCAGGAGUCCCUGGAUGCAGUGGCUAGUUGCCAGCCGCCAGUGGUCCUUGGGAAUAAGCUGAUUGUUCCGGUCAUUGCCAAGGAGGUGGACGAGGUGCUGGUCCAGAAGGAGAAGCAGAAGACCCAGAAGCAGUCGCACAAGGUCCUCCAGCAGCAGCAGCUCCAGCUCCAGAUCCAGCUCCAGCAACAACAGAAGCAGCAGGAGAAGCAACAGCAGCAGCAGCAGAAGGAUUCCUUGAGGUCCUUGGCAGCCGCGGAGGAUGCUGCUCAGGCCCAGAGAUUCGCGGAACUCUCACAUCUCAACAAGCCGAAGGUUAAUCCCGGCAAGAGUUCCAGCCAGAAGAGCGGGAGCGGCACCUCCGAGGACGAGGCCACUUCGGUCACCAUUGGAUUGCCGAAGUCCUCGAAGAAGGCGAAGGGAGGCAAGGGAAAGGUCGCUGGAAAGGUCACGGAGAAGAAGGAGCCUGAAGAGAAGAAACCGGAGGAGAAGAAACUGGAGGAGAAGAAGCUGGAGGAGAAGAAACUGGAGGAAUCGGAUGCCGAAUCGGACUAUGCCGACAGCUUGUUGGCCAAUAAGGGGAGCAUUGCGGCCGUCAUGGUGAGCAGCGCCAGUGCCCAGGGAUUGAGUCUGCACGUGGAGACGGAGGAGGAGAAGGAAGAGGAGGAGGAGGAGCCUUUGGUCGCUGAUUCCUGGGACAAGGAGGAUACAGAGGAGGAGCAAAAGGAGAAGGAGGAGGAAGAGCCCCAGCCCGUAAAGGUGGUAACCAAGAAGAAGCAGACAUCGGGAGGAGCAGCCACAGCAACCAUGACAAUCGAGAAGAGCAAGGAUAAGAGCAAGGAUAAGGAGAGGGAGAGGGAGAGAGAGCGCGAAGAGAAGCUUCAAGAGAAGGAAAGGGAGAGAGAGCGCGAGGAGAAGCUUAAAGAGAAGGAAAGGGAGAGAGAGCGCGAGGAGAAGCUUAAGGAAAAGGAGGAAAAGGAGAAACAAAGAGAAAAGGAGAAAGAGAGGGAGAGGGAGAAGGAAAAGCAAGCCAAGCUCAAAGAAAAGGAACGGGAGGAGAGACAGAAAGAAAAGGAAAGAGAAGAAAAGCUCAAGGAAAAGGAAAGGGAGGAGAAGCAAAAGGAGAAGGAGGCGAAGCUCAAGGAGGAGAAGCUCAAAGAAAAGGAGAGGGAGGCGAAGCUCAAGGAGAAGGAAAAGGAGAGGGAAAGAGAGGAGAAGCAGAGAGAAAAGGAGCGAGAAGCCAAGAAGGAGAAGGAGCGCGAGGAAAAGGAAAAGGAGAAGGAAAAGCUUCGAAAACAGAAGGAGAAAGAACGCGAAGAGCAGCAGCUCAAGGAAAAGGAACGAGAAGCCAAGCUAAAGGAGGAGAAGCUUAGGGAGAGAGAAAAAGAGGAAAAGCUUAGGGAGAAGGAGAAAGAAGAGAAGCUCAAGGAGAAAGAACGAUUGGAAAGAAUCAAGGAGAAGGAAAAAGAAGAGAGAAUUAAAGAAGAAAAAUUGAAAGAAAAGGAGAAGGAGGAGAAGCUGAAGGAAAAAGAGAAGGCGGAGAAGCUCAAAGAAUUGGAAAAGGAAGCGAAGCUUAAGGAGAAAGAACGCGAGGAGGCUGAGAAGAAGCUGAAGGAGAAAGAGAAGGAGAAGGAGAAAAAGAUCAAGGACAAGGUCGAGAAAGAGAAGGAGAAAUCUGCUGAGAAGACUAAACCCCUGGAAGACUCCUCCUCCACCUCCAGCUAUGUCGUCAAAGUCGUGGAAACGGCAGCCAAUCCUGUCAAGAAACCAGUGGCUGUCCCCCUGCCCGCCAGUCCCUGGAAACGAGUCUCCGCCGAGGAGACACCCGCCAAACUGCCGGCAGUCCAGGAUUAUCCCAGUCUGGGCAACAAGAAGACCACCAAGAGUCCGGAGAAGAAGCGCGACGAAAAGCUGCUGCCCGGAUUGGUCACUCCGCCCAAGGAGGAGUCACGGUCGCCAGGUGGUGCCGCCGUCAAGGACAAUUUCGAGGACUUUCUCAGUGGUUUGAAGCCCCUGGAGGCACUGCCACCGCUGCCAGCUCUGGAGCCCCUGGAACCCCUGGUGGCGUCCAAGAAGGAUGCGGACAAGGACGCCCAGCUCAGUCUGAUCAACUUCGAGAGUCCGCUGCUGGAGAAUGCCGCGAUUCCCCGAACCAUUUCCCCGCCGCCGAGGGGCUUCACUGAGCAGACUCUGGUCCUGGCCCUUUGCGGAUCCCUGCACUACGAAAACGAGCAGGAGAGGAUCAAGGAGCAGGAACUGGAACCGGAGAAAGAUGGAGAGACCGAGCCGGAACCAGAGUAUCUACCCCUGAGUACACUGGCCCUGCAGAAAUCCACAUCCACCUCGAAUAACUCUUCCGGCUCCGAGGAGAUCGUCAUCAUGGAUGAGCCGGUCAAGAAACUGAGCAAGAAGCACAAGCGCCUGAAGCAGCUCCAGCUCCAGCAGCAGCAGCGGGAGAGGGAGCGCGAGCGGGAGCAGGAACGGGAGCCGGAUGAUGAGGAACUGCGUCCGCUGAUCAGUGUCAGCAUGUGCGAUUCCCAGCUGGAGCUGCCGGAGGGCGGCAGCAAGGAGGAUGAGGAGCUAGAGCCUCCGGCUAGAGCUCAGGAAGAGGAACCGGAACCGGAGCAAUCCCUGCCCGAGGACCUGCUGCAUUUUGGCAGCAGUGGCGUAGCCAUUGGCACCCUGGUGGCCACCACCACCACUACCACUUCCACCACCACGGACAGCGAAGGACCCGUGCCGGCCACCACUUCGGAUGACAACCUGGUCUACGGCUCCGCCUCCACGAGCAGCUCCACACCGCACAAGCUCAAGACCAAGAAACUGGAGCACAAGAUCAAUCUGAUCGCCGCCAUCGAGGCGGCCACAUCCUCCUCGACGUCCUCGGCGGAGGAGAGCAGUGUGGAGACCACUGUUCAUCCCGAUCCCACGGGUCUGGGUCUCAGUUCCACUUCCCAGGUGGCGGGCGGAGCUGCCGCCGGCGGAGGAAGCUCGGGCGCCAGUGGGGCGGCCAGUUCAUCGCUUCCGGCCAUCGCCGGCAGUGCCACCGCCGUGGGCCUGGGGGUGGGCGUGGCCAGCCCGCCGAGUGCCACAAAGAAAAAGACAAAGCGCCGCAAGAGAUAAGAAUUAGCGAUUUGUUUGCUGUGCGUCUUCAGCUUGGUGGUCCUGUGGCAUCUGUAUGCGAAUCGGGAGGAUCCUCCCGGCCAUCGGAUAGCCUCUGCCCAGGCGCUGCAGCAGUCGCCGCCGUUGUUGUCCCAGUCGCCGUCACAGGAUCAGGUAACUGAGCCGGAUACUGGACAAGGACAAGGACAAGGACCAGGAUCAGGAUUGGGAUCAGGACCAGGAUUGGGAUCAGGACCAGGAGAUCAGGUCCAGAAACAGGACAGAAGCAGCGUAAAAUAGCCAAGCCGAGACAGCAGCAAACAUACCCCCCUCUCUCUCUCUUAACAAAAAAAAAGGACACUCCCCUCGGAAUCCUUGCUUAGAUCCUUGCCAGGAUCAUAAAAACAGAUUCUAGCUAUGGGAAUAAAAAGAAAAAACAAAAACAAAAAAUGAGAAAUAUAUCACUCUUCAGUAAACACAACAACAACAACAAAAACAAAUACAACAAAAAAUACAACAAAAAAAACAACAAAACAAAAUACACAAAACACUGCAAAAAAAAAUUGUGAUUUAUCGAAAAGAGAACAGAAAACAAAAAAGUUAGUUUUUAAAAACAAAAUAAUUUAAAGCAAAAAACAAAACAAAAAAAACCAAAACGACUGUAGCGAUUCGUUAAAAUAUAAAGAUUAAAAAUUAAAAAACAAAAAAAGGAUAAAAAACAAAUAGAAAAGGACAAAAAUAUUUAAUUACUAACCAAUUUUUAUGUGCAAAAAGUUAUAUUGUUAGCUAUACAUAUUUCUAUAAAUUAUAUAAAUAAUUAUACGAAAAUACGAUAUGUAAACCACACACACACACACACACUGACACACACACUUUUAUUAUAAAAAAAGACUAAGCAUAAAGAAGAAGAAUUAAUUAAAUAAUGCUCUCAAAUUGUAUAUAAAAAACAAAGAAAAAAAAAACAAAACAUUUAAAAGAAAAUGGUAGAAAUUUAAAAAAAAAACCGGAUAUCCUGCCCCAGCUUACUCACACAAAGAAACACACACACACACUCAUGCAGCUAUAUAUCCUGUAGGAAAGAGGACCGUUAGUCGGGCCAGGAUAUAGAUAACUGAUCCGAACUAACGGCUCCUAAUUAACACUAAUUGUCCAAUGUCACAAUUGUUAGAAAUUGUUUUCAGGCUUUGCUUUCGUUAAGUUUUCUUGUCCUUCCCCUCACCCCCCUCCAAGGACUCAUAUUUAAUUGUGCCCCCCUCCCCCACACUUCCCACUGUCCUUUUUUUUAUUUGUUCAUCAAUAUUUUACUGUAUUUGUUAAUUUAUUUAAUUUAAUAGCAAUGGUCUCUCGUAGGAAUUUAUUUUAUUUUCCUGUCUGUUUUUUGUUUCGUUUAAUUUUUUUUAAUUUGUUUUAUUUUUUUUUUUGAUUAAGAUUUGUAUAAAAAAAAAGAGAAGAAAAUCCAAUUUUUUUUUUGUGUAUAUAUAUAAAGUUAAAAAAGAAAACAAAUUAUGUCUAACUCGCAGUAUUUAUGAUUUACGAUUGAGAAAUGGAUAGACGGAUGAAAAUGAGGCAAGGAAAUCGCUAAACACUAAAAUUUAAUUUAAUUAAAUGAUGUAUAAUUAAAUAAAUGCAAUUUUAGUUAAAACAACAAACUCUGACCAAA